AGUUCCAGCAGUACUCAUACAAGUUAAUAGAUAUAUAUAAGGUCGAGGCCUUACUUUUGGUGAUAAUGAAAAGCUAGUAGAAUACAACAAACAAACAUUAUAACAUACAGAAGGUUACAAUUUGGAUUGGUCCAAAUUUUACUCUUCGAAUUAAAUUAAGAACAAACCAAGGCAGCUAGCAGCUGGUUGUUGUUGCAUCCGAUGUGAUGUUUCUUUUAGAAUAAAAGUUUUUAGUUCACAUUGGGAAGAACACUUCAAGAAACUUGCUUUGUCUCUUGGCUCACCCUUUACCCCAAGUUAUUCAUAAUAUUUGUUCAUUUCAAAUCUCUCAGCAAUCACACCUCACAAAAACGGGAGGGAGGGAGAAGCUGGCUAGCUUAGCUUAGCUAUAGCUAGAUUUCAAAAUCAAAACUAUCAUGAGCAUGACGAUCAUUGAUCGAUAAACUUCUUUUAGCCUUUUACGUACUUUAUAAUGGCGGACUCUUUUGAAUUCAAAUUGGAGCCAAAUAAGAGAAUAUCUAGCUUUAAGAAAGCUAAAACAUUAAGGGCCCCAGGAGUGCCGAAAGUCCAUCGUGUUUAUAAAACUUUAUAUAAUUAAUAACAAGUAGUGUGGCAUUAGUUAGUGUUUAAAUUAAAAUUAACUAGAUUAACAUUGCAUAUAAAUACCUGCUGCUGCCUGUCUAGUCCAUUAUAUAUCACUUGCCUCUUCUUUCUUUCUUGCUCUUAGUUAGUAGUACACCACUUACAUGUGUGCAUAUCAUAAUGUCAAUGAGUAAUUACAGUAAGAUGAGUAGUAGCUCUGUGUGGCAGUUGUCAGUUACUACUCGUAAGGAUGAUGUACUACAAUAUCAUGAUGAUCCGGUGGUCAUGGCCUGCCGAGAAGCUGAUCAUGAUAAGUAUCAAACACGGACAGCAGCAACAAGAGUAGCACUGAUUGACAAUCAAUUGAUGCAAAUGACUACUACUGCCGCAGAAUACUCAGAUGAUGAAGAUCAUAAUAAGAAGGAUUAUUAUUAUCGUUAUGGAAAGAGUAGUAGUUCCAAUUUGAAGAACAACAAUAAUAUGAGUUUUGCGGCAUUGAAAUUGUUAGAAAUGAAAUUAGGCGGCGUGCAGGCUGUGCAGCAUAACAAUAAGUCCCUUCAUUACUAUGUGCAGCAACAACAGCAGCAGAGUGAUAGUGAGAGUAGUGAGAUGAUGAGCAGUAGUCAUGACAAUGAUUAUUGUUAUUACAAUAAGCAGCAGCAGGUGUGGCAUAAGACGCUGCCUCAGGCUGAAAUGCUGCCUAGAAAUGAAGUCUUGGGAGGUUACAUUUUUGUAUGCAACAACGAAACCAUGCAAGAGGAUCUCCACCGUCAACUCUUCGGACUCCCUCAAAAGUACAAGGACUCUGUAAGGGCAAUUACCCCAGGCUUACCCCUUUUUCUUUACAACUACACAGCCCACCAGCUCCAUGGAGUUUUUCAGGCUGUGAGUUUUGGAGGAUCAAACAUCGAUCCAACAGCGUGGGAAGACAAGAAAUCCAAAGGAGAAUCAAGAUUUCCAGCACAAGUUAGCAUUCGAGCCAAGGAAAGGUGCAAACCACUAGAAGAGGAUGCUUUUAGGCCAAUACUCUACCACUAUGAUGGCCCAAAGUUUCGAUUACAACUCUCUGUGCCUGAGGUGCUUGCAUUGUUGGACUUAUUCAAAGAAGAUCACCGGCUCUAAAUGUAAGGGGCGUGCAGCUUCAGAAACCAAUUACAGCCACACGCCAUGUCCAUUAAGUUGUAUAAUGGGAGUAGAAAAAUCAUCCCCCAAAAACAAAAAUUAUAUAUAUUACAUUUAUA